AUGGCGUCCGCGCCGGCGCUCUUCGAUCCGACGCCCUUCUAUGCGACGGCGCAGCCGCCGGAGACGAAGGACUUCAUGAUGCAGCAGGUCAUGGUGCGCGUCAAGGACCCGGAGACGUCGUUGAAAUUCUAUUGCGAAGUCCUGGGCUUCCGGCUCGUCAUGUUCCGCGACUUCCCCCAGUGGGGGUUCUCCGUCUACUUCGUCGCGCACGGCCUCGCGGGCCCCGUGCCGGAGGACGAGGACGCGCGCUGGCGGUACUGCAUGACGACGCCCGGCUGCGUCGAGCUGACCUGGAACCACGGCUCCGAGGCCGCGGACGGCGCCGUCUACAACACGGGCAACAGCGACGCGACGGGCUCCGGCGACGGCGGCAAGGUCAAGGGCGGCUUCGGCCACUUGGGAAUUACCGUGCCCGACGUCUACGACGCCUGCGAGCGGUUCAAGGCCCUCGGCGCGACCUUCUCGAAGACGCCGAACUCGGGCGGCAUGAAGGGCCUCGCCUUCGUCAAGGACCCGGACGGCUACCUCAUCGAGGUCCUGCCCCAGGGGCCCAUGCUCACGAAGCCCGUCGACUGCGACGGCGUCGCCGUCGACGGCGGCGAAUACAAGGACAACUCGAAGUAA